UCGGUCGUCACCGAUUUAUACUUACUCACUGGAUGUUAGUAUAAUGUAAAGCUUGUUUGUUCAAUCAUGUCAUCGUGUAAAUUUACUGCUAUAUUUUUAAAGAAGUGUUUACUGCAGAAAACGUUAUUGCAGAUAACAUGACAAAAGAAUGAUAGUCGCGCCGCUAAAGAAAAUUUUGUAGAAGAGUUCUCGUAGGUUAUGUAAACGCCUUCAUUUGCUGAGCCUCGUACACUAAAAUGGAUAAACACAUGCAUCUAUGGAGAGGCGCCGACAAAUUGUCUUUCACAUUCGGUGACAAGCCGAACGGCAUUAUCUCCAAACUGGUCACCAUCAAAGAUCGCAUUUUUGUAGCGACCACAUCCAACAAUUUGUACCAUGGAGAAGUGUCAUUGCAGGAGAACACCUGUCCUAAGCUCGUUCUCAAAAGGGCUCAAUUCGAUGUUAUCGAUGUAGCCGCUAAUUCUGAACACUUGUUUAUUGUAAAUACUAAGGGACAUGUUUUGAAAGUAAAUCCUCAGGACAUGGGUGUUAUAGAUACAAUCGUUCUUAAAGAGGAAGUAAAAUAUUGCAGUCAUGGAUAUAAGGAAGAAAAUGAAGUAGUGAAGAUCAAAUCCAUAGCAGUUAGCGAUCAUUCAGCACUAUUUGUUACGGAAAAUGGACAGCUAUGGGCUAGCGGUAAUCAACCACAAAUAGAUAUAAGUAGUACAGAACCAAAGAAAGUUAGAUUUUUUGAUGGACGGACAGUAUCUGAGGUUGCCUGUGGUUCCAAUUUUAAUGUAGUUACUGUGAGGAAAGCCGCCAAAUCCAUAAAAGAUGAUACAGAUAGUGAAAAUGAGUUAGAGGAAGAAGUCUUUAUUAAUUCUUGUCCACAAUGUUUGAACAAUGUUAUGUUGAGUCCUGGAAGUGUAACAUCAUCAGAUACAUGUCUUACUGGUCUUCAUGCACAGCAGUUUAGUGAUCGUUCUACAAAUUCUAUCAGUGCUUUGUCUACUGCCAGUAAAGAGCAUAUUCUUUUGCCAGAAAUGGACAAGAAAGAACAUCCUUCUGAUAUUGUUGAAAACGGUGGGGAAUGUGUGAACAAUUUAACAGAUUCCGAAAAAGAUGAGAAAAAGAAUGUUAUAUUUAUAAACACGGAAACCGCUCGACAAUUUCUAACCAGACAACUGUCUUGGGUUUCAUCUUACGGAAGUGCCAAAGAAGACAUACCUAUGGAGAGUGUUGAUCGGUCAACAAGAUUGAUAAAGCAAAAUGUAUCAAAUAUGGCUAAUUUAGUGUACGAAGGCGUUAAGAAUGUAGGAGGCAAAGUUGUAACUCUGUCUAGACAUAUGAGUGGAAGUUCAGAUAUUAAUGAAUCUAAAGCUGAUAGCAAUGAAAACUUAGAAGAACAAGGAGACAGUUAUACAAAAGGAACUGCGACUAGUUUGGCAUUAAGUUUACGCUGUGAAGAGUUCCCUUGGUCUUCGAGUACCGGUUCCUCUGAACAUGAAUUAUCCCAACAAGGUUUGAAUGAAAGAAUUAAUACGUUAUCUCGCACUGGAAGCAACAUAUUAGCGACAGAACUUUGGACAUGGGGUGAUGUACAGUAUGGACAACUGGGAACGGGAGAUAUCAUCAAACGACCAAGGCCAGUGUUAGUAGCAAAGCUUAGCCAUACUGGGAUCAGAAAGAUAUCUUGCGGUGUCUUCCAUGUGCUUGCUUUAACACUGGACGGUAGAGUGUUUGCGUGGGGUCGUAAUAAUUUUAAACAGGUCACUUUGCACAGUACAAUAGAUCAAAGCGCUCCUCAGCUAUUCACCACAAAAUUAUCUUCCAAUGAAAGAGCUAUCGAUAUGGCAGCUGGUAAUUUCCACAGCUUAGUAAUGAUGCAUCAUGGUUUAUAUUUUAUGGGACAAUCGAGUAAAGUUGGCGAUAUGUUUCAACUUGAUAUACAAACCAAGGAAUCGAGUAGUCCGAGAGAGAUUUUCAGUUCUGGGCAAUACAGUUGUUGUUCUGUGAUAAAUGAGCCAGCAAUAAAUAUGUCGGAGGAUUUAAUAAACGAUCAAAUCUUCCUUGAAGAAAUGUUGAUUGUUUAUCAAAAUCUAAUCAAGCCGUUUCAGAAGAAAAGUGGUGCAACCCAAGAAGCUAAUGCGUAUGAAACACUGUGUCGCUGCUACGCGGAGCUGAUGCACUUUAGUGUCUUAAAUGUCAUAAGUUUGUGGGAUUAUUUUAAUCAUAUUGGAGAAGCAUAUGAAGUUGCAAUUGUUGCCAAUAUAGAAGAAUUUACUACUGUGUAUAAAUACUAUUUAAAUGCUAUUUGCGAUGUUAUAUCUCUCGGUGGUUUUAUGCAUAUUGCAAAACUCAUUGAAGUGCCACAAAUAGUAUCGAACUUAUUUAUGGAUAGUUUAAAAGGUAGCGAUGUAAAAAAGAAUAACAAUGAAAUAGUUGUAACAACUGCAUUACAGCAUCCUUUAUGUAAGCUAAACAGAUAUAAAAAUAUGAUUCAUAGUUUAAUAAAAAGCAAUGGAACAAGAAUGGGUGUUGAACGAUUACAAGAAGCUCUUAUAAAAUGGGAGCAAGUACACGAUGAGCAAGAAAAACGUCAAAAAGAGGCGGAAGCUACAAAAUUGUUUUGGGAAAGUUCCGGCAAACUAGGAGACAUAUUGAGAUCUCCUGAUAGAAGGCUUAUUAGAGAAUCAAGAACGUACCCACUAUCGAUACUCAAUUCUGGUAGAUUUUCAUCUCAUUGGUUUAUUUUAUUGACGGAUAUUUUCAUACAUGUUACUGGCGCCACACAUACAGUUCAUCCACUUCGAACAUUAUGGGUAGAACCUCUGCCAGACUCGGAAAAUGUACAGAAUGCUAUAUCAAUUGUUGCACCAGAAGACAAUUUUGUUUUGUACACACCUACACCUAGUGAACGAAAUGAGUGGUUACAUGCUCUGCAAAAUACUAUCAAGAAUAGUUUGCAAAGAGUGAUAGGAAAUGUACCUCCAUUAGCACGCUCAAGCUCGUUCUCAUUCACGAAACAUGCUGUUUUUAAGGAUGCAAAGUACACUGGACGAUGGCUAAAUGGUAAACCACAUGGUUCUGAAUUAGAGUGGUCAGACGGUCGUACAUAUGUAGGCCAAUUUCAUAAGGGUGUUAUUCACGGCACUGGAAAAAUGGAAAUUCCAAUGCAGGGUGUGUAUGAAGGCCAGUGGAAGGACGGUCAGCAAAAUGGAUGUGGAACGAUGAAAUACGUCAAUGGAGAUUUUUACGAAGGAUACUUUAAGGAUGGAUUGCCUCAUGGGCAUGGCGUCAAGAAAGAAGGUCACUUUAUGGCAUCAGUUGCAUCUGUUUAUAUUGGAGAAUGGGCUGCCGGUGUUAAACAAGGUUACGGAAUAAUGGAUGAUAUCAUGACAGGUGAAAAAUAUCUCGGAUCGUGGAGUAAUGGUAUGAAGCAUGGAAAUGGUUUGAUUGUCACACUUGACGGUAUUUAUUAUGAAGGUGCCUUUACACAAGACAUCCUAACGGGUCACGGAGUAAUGGUAUUUGAGGACGGCACGCAUUACGAAGGUGAAUUCAAAUCUGCAGGAAUAUUUUGUGGAAAAGGUACAUUAACAUUUCGAAGUGGCGACAGGCUAGAAGGCAAUAUGAACGGUGCAUGGAACGAAGGCGUCAAAGUUAUUGCCACAUUGCAUAUGAAUAAAGCCAGUGGAACUGUACAAUCUAUUUCAAAACCAGCAUCUUUCGGAAAACUCUGUGUACCUCCCGAUCAAAAAUGGAAAGCCAUAUUCAAACAAUGUUAUCAACAACUUGGUGUGUCCGAAUCGGUUACUAAAAGUUCCAGUGAAAAAUCUACAGAAACACAAAGAGUGUGGCAAAAUGUUGCUAGUAUAAUAACAAAAUCCCAUCAGAAGACAUUGCAACGAAAAAAGCUUUCUACUAAGGCCUCAAAUGCAAAAGAGAAAAAUAAUGAAACAAUCGAUCAGUUGGACAAGAUUCCAUGCUUUGGACGAGAUAAACUCACCAGUCAAACUUAUAACGAAAUUCAUAAGUAUCUAGUGAAAGCUUUUGAAAGUCCACAUCAUCCAUUAGGCACUCUUUUGACAGAAGUAGCUGCAGUAUACACAGCUACGUACGGUGGAGUGAGAGUACAUCCCCUAUUACUUAGCCAUGCAGUAUCAGAGCUUCACAGUAUUACUACAAGGAUAUAUGAGAUUGUUCUUCUUUUAUUCCCGGCUCUACCACGUUGCGGCAAAGAAUGUGUCCUUGAAACUGAUGAUAAAGAAGAAGAACAAGUCAUAAGUGCUGCCGCAAUUCUUCAUCCGAUAUUACUGCCACGUGUACAUUCCGCACUUUUUGUAUUAUAUGCCUUACAUAAUAAAAAAGAAGAUGAUGCAUAUUGGGAAAGAUUAAUGAAAUGGAAUAAGCAGCCUGACAUAACUUUGAUGGCCUUCCUUGAAAUUGAUCAGAAAUUCUGGAAAACUACAAACAUAAUAAAUAUCACAGAUAACUCAUUAUCGUAUCAACAUGAACCUUACUUUAGCAAUGCUAUAGAAACUUUGCAGCAACUUAAAACAACUUUUUCACCUUUAGAAAAAUUGUUGGUGGUUAGAAACACAUUUGAUCAAAUGACACAAGUAGUACAAAAACAACUAGGCUCUACAUAUUUAUGGACGAUGGACGAAUUGUUUCCAGUGUUUAGUUUUGUUGUAGUGCGUGCUAGUGUGUUACAAUUAGGGAGUGAAAUACAUUUUAUUGAAGAUUUCAUGGAGUCGUAUUUGCAAAAUGGAGAGCUUGGUAUUAUGUUUACUACUCUUAAGGCAUGUUACUACCAGAUAUUACAAGAAAAAACAAACAUGGGCGAUUGAAAUCACAGAUAUAUCUCAACAAAUAUAUAGUACAAUGAAAUGAUAAAUAUAUAUGGAUAAAUAUAUAUAUAUAUAUACGUUUAAAUAACAUCAAACUCAUAAAAGACAUCAGGAUAAAAAUAAAUGCAUGACAAAAAGGUAUUAUGUAUUACAAUAGACGAAAGUGAUAAAUUGCAUUUAUGAUACAUAACGUAGUCCUUAGCAUCUUGAUUAUACAAAGCUGAAAUAUGAAAUGAAAUAAAAAAUGGUAUAACAUAGUUCAUUAAAAGUUUGUCAAUGUAAAGAAUAUAAGUUUCUUCUUGAACGAUAUUUAUCAUUAGCAAAUUUAAUGUUUUGAAACUAAACAUUUGCGCGUAUGACACAUGUAAAAUAUGAAUUUCGAUUAUCUGUUGUCCAAGAAUACUGCACAUUUAAAAACCAUAUAAAGUGCAUAGCUCAAUAUUGUGAUAAAAAAGUUAAACGUUACCUUUUUCACAUACCUGAAUUAGAGAUUAGCCAUUAAAAAAGCAAUUAUUAAUAUUAUUAUUGUUAUUAAUCUUUUUAUAAUA